CACCUAACAAUUAAUUAUGUCACAUGUGAGAAAAAUUGUUUAAAUUCAACAUUCAACAUCUAAUCAUAACUUUUGAUUGCCUGCACGCUGAUGCUGUAUAAUUGCUACAUGCUAGACAUCUAGUUCAUUUAAAUAAAUUCUUAUAUAUCGAAAUAGAAAUCACCACUCCUUUGGAAAAAAUUAGAAAACUAAUCCUUAAAGAGCCAUAAUUCAAGAAAUAAUAAUAAGAAAAAAAAAAAAGAAAAAAAGAAAAAUGGACUGCAGAUUCAGUUUACUCCCCUGUUUAGCUACCCUGCUCUUAUUAAUCAUUUUUGUCAAGCUUUUUAUCAACUUGAACAAAAACUCCUCAAAAUCCCAUCCACCAGGCCCGCCGGGCUGGCCGUUAUUGGGCAACAUCUUUGAUCUCGGCGAGAUUCCCCACCAGACAUUCCACAAGCUCCAGGCCCGUUACGGCCCGCUCAUUCACCUCAGGCUCGGCUCCAUCAACACCGUCGUGGUACAAUCAUCCGAAGCAGCCGCCGAGCUCUUCAAAAAACUUGAUCUCCAAUUUGCCGACCGGAAAGCGCCCGACUCGCUAACGGCCUUAGGGUACAAUCGUGGAUCCGUCGCCAUGGGGGCCUACGGCGACUACUGGCGAAAAGUGAGCCGUAUUUGCACCGUGCAAUUUCUCGUCCAGAAGAAGGUAAACGAGACGGCUUCCGUUAGGCAAAAAGGCGUGGACGAAAUGAUCGAGUGGAUUGAGCGCCACGUGGCGAAAUCUAAGGAGAAUAGGUCGUCGGGAGAGGUUCAACUGGAUCGGUUCCUUUUCGUCUCGGCUUUUAAUACCGUUGGGAAUAUUGUGCUGUCCGGGGACGUUAUGGGGAAGAAGCUCGACGAGGAGAGUGAUUUUUUCGACAACUUUUUGAUGUUUUUGGAGUGGUUAGGAAAGCCUAACAUGGCCGAUUUUUUCCCCUUUUUGAAAUGGAUGGAUCCGCAAGGGAUUAGGAGGAACACGGCCAAGUAUUUGGGAAGGUUGAUAGCGUUUGCUUCCGGGAUUGUGGAGGAUAGGAUUCGGGAGAGGGAAUCGGGACUCAGAAAGGAAAGGAAAGAUUUGUUAGACGCGUUGCUUGACGAAGGUGAAGUCGACGAGGAUGGGCUCGACAAGCUUUCAGCUAAGAACAUCACAAUUGUAAUUCUGGAAAUGUUUUUCGCGGGAACAGAGACGACGAGCACCACCAUCGAGUGGGGAAUGGCGGAGUUACUCCGCCACCCGAACACGAUGAAAAAGAUCCAAGACGAGAUUGACCGGGUCGUGGGGCCUACCCGUCGAGUCCAAGAGGAUGACUUGACCCGAAUGCCCUAUUUGCAGGCAACGGUAAAGGAAAUAUUACGAUUACACCCUGCUCUACAAAUGUUGCUUCCGAGGAACUCAAUGGAGGAUACGGAGCUAAUGGGCUACUUUGUGCCUAAAAACACACAACUACUUGUUAAUGCGUGGGCUAUUCAUAGGGACCCGGAAGCUUGGCCCGACCCGUUGUCCUUUAAACCGGAGAGGUUUUUGGAGUGCGAUGUGGAGUUCAAGGGCCAGCAUUUUCAGAUGAUUCCGUUUGGUUCGGGCCGAAGGAGCUGCUUGGGCAUGACUUUGGGCCACAAGAUGGUGGGCCUGAGCCUGGCUAGUUUGCUGCAGACGUUUGACUGGAAGCUUGCGGAUGGGCUUGGGCCUGACGAGGUGGACAUGAGGGAAAUGGUGGGCUUGACCUUGCGCAAGAAAGUACCCUUGAAAGUGAUUCCCUGUCUACGGGAAUAAGGGCUAAAACAGAGGCCUCGUGUGUUUAUCCACUGAAAGUGGAUUUUCGUGUUAUUUUACCUACUCUGUGUCUUGUUCUUCUUGUAUUGCUUAUGUAAUAUGAUUUCACUUGAAAUUUACUGCGAGUAAACAAAUUCUUCAAACUCAUUUGGUCUUUGAAGUGUAUACAUACGUUGUUAUUUCUUUAGUCGUUCAACAAUUUAUGCGUUUAGUCGGGCCUGAACUCAAGCGGGUCGGGCCAUACGUCCGUGUUAGUGUAUGAUCAUAU